AAACACGCUUCCCACGACUGCGGCGAAUUCUCACACUGCUGUUUCGUCUGGUAAUACAUUUCAAGCAGGGAAUUCCAGGAGAAACACGCUUCCCACGGCUGCAGCAAAUUCUCUCGUUGCUGUUUCAUCUGGUAAUACAUUUCAAGCAGUUCAAUCAAUUCCUCCAAACGCUGUUCUUUCAAACGCUUUUUCAAACGCAGUUUUUUCAAACGAUGUUUUUCUAAACGCUGUUCUUUCAAACGCUGUUCUUCCAAAUGCUGUUCCAUCAAACGCUUAG